UCGCCAACCCACGGAGGCGGGGCUUCUGUGGCGUCGUCACUUCCUCUGCGGAGAAGACUCGCGAACGGACGGUUUGGCUGUAGCAACCGCGGUCGGCGUCCAGCGCUCCGAGGCGGGAGGAUGAGCGACAGCGGGGAGCAGAACUACGGCGAGCGGGAGUCCCGUUCCGCUUCCAGAAGCGGAAGCGCUCACGGUUCCGGCAAGUCUCCAAGACACUCGCCUGCAAGAUCUAGGUCCAAGGAAGGUUCAAGGCGAUCUAGGUCAAAGUCUAGAUCAAGAUCUGAAUCUCGAUCCAGAUCAAGGAGGAGUUCUCGCAGACAUUAUACGAGGUCUCGUUCACGUUCUCGAUCCCAUAGGAGGUCAAGAAGCAGAUCUUACAGCCGCGACUAUCGUCGCCGUCACAGUCACAGCCAUUCUCCUAUGUCUACUCGUCGGCGUCAUGUUGGCAACAGAGUAAGGCUGGGAUGGCAGCAGUUGACCAGAGAUAAUUCAGCUGUGUGUGUCUUUGGAGGUUCUAAAGUUUUCAAAUUACCCAGAAAUCAUGCAAAUCCUGACCCAAACUGUUGUCUUGGUGUAUUUGGAUUAAGCUUGUACACAACAGAAAGGGACCUGAGAGAGGUAUUCUCCAAAUAUGGCCCAAUUGCUGAUGUUUCUAUUGUAUAUGACCAGCAGUCCCGACGUUCUAGAGGAUUUGCCUUUGUGUACUUUGAAAGUGUUGAUGAUGCUAAGGAGGCAAAAGAACGUGCUAAUGGAAUGGAACUUGAUGGAAGAAGGAUCAGAGUUGAUUUCUCAAUAACAAAAAGGCCUCACACACCUACUCCUGGAAUUUAUAUGGGGAGACCUACUUAUGGAAGUUCCCGACGGAGAGAUUACUAUGACAGAGGUUUUGAGAGAGGAGGCUAUGAUGACCGUGACUAUUAUAGCAGAUCAUACAGAGGAGGAGGUGGUGGCGGAGGAGGUGGUGGAGGAGGAGGAGGGUGGCGAGGUGCCCAAGACCGGGAUCAGAUGUACAGGCGAAGAUCACCAUCUCCCUAUUACAGCAGGGGGGGCUACAGAUCUCGCUCCCGGUCUCGAUCCUAUUCACCUCGUCGCUAUUGAAGUGUGAAACAAGAACUUUGUAGCUACAGACAGUGCAUUGAGAUUGCAAUCUUGUGGACAAUACUUUGUUACUUUUGUUCAAGUCUAAUAGUGCCUAGUGAAUAGGUGACUUUUACACCUUUUAUGGAGACUACUUUUGGUGAAGUUUUAAAAUGCUGUUUCAUUCUGCAUAUUUGUGUAGUUUGUGCUUUGUUCAAAGUUAUGUUUUGAGAACAGUAUGUCUUCUGCAUGUGUUUCAGUCUGAACUUUGCAGAAGGGUUUCUAUUGUCCAAAGUUCUUCGUUCAGUUUUUUUUUACAGUUUCCAAGGUAUUUUGAAGAACAAAACCUGUGUAAUAUGCUUUGAAAUGGUGGCAUAAUAAAGUUUUUUUUUUAACUUACUUUGAAGCCCUUAUCUCCUACUUAGCCAAAGUUUGAGUCAGAGAAAUAAUUAAACCUUUACCAAAUUCAGAGCCGUAUCCAAAAUUCUGUACCCCAAACCUUUCUCAAAUACUUUCUGUAAUAUGAAGUAUGAAUAAAAACCCACAUUGCUAUAACUUGCUAUUUCUGUAAGUAGGUUAAGCUUUUCAUAUUAGCAGGUGUAAGUGCUGGAAACUUGUGAUAAGGAACAUAUAUUUUAUGAUAUAAAGGUGAUCUGGAAAUUUGGUUGUUAAAACAGUUUUCAUAACAGUCCCUAAAUUGUUUGCAUUCCAUGUCCAUUAAUGUGCAAUUAAUUAUUCCCUUAGGAGCAAAGCUGACUAAACAGUUCUUGUGUUGUAUUUAAGGAUAUGUUGGGGGGGGGAGGGACUUCAAGCUCAUCAGUUUUAAAAAGCUGCAUUAACAGUUCACAUACACAUGUAAUAGUGUAUUGUGUAUUUCACAGGUGCUUCAGUUUGAAUCCUCCUGUUUAGGUGGGAGCUCUUAUUUCAGUGCUUUCAAAUGUAUAGCUUUAUUAUACAAAAUAAAAGCCCCAGUAAAAUAGGUUCAUCUCCAUUUCUCACCCACCUUAUCCUCUGAAAUCCAUUUUUAGAAUCCAGGAAACUACUUUAGAAAAAUUCUCUGUGUCCAGUUGCUGGGUGACAACAAAUAUGUGCUCCUGAGAGCUUGAGAGUUGCACACAUUUCAUCAUGAGAAAUGUUAAACUCUUAACACCUCUGAACCAGGCAUUUAAAUAACUUGCCUGCUGGCCUUUUAAUUUACUGCAAAUCCCAGCUUCAAUACCAGGUGAGUUAGCUUUCAACGCAUAGUACUUUUCUCAUCUCUGCUAUGCAAUUAAAAUCUUGGAUGCAGCCCAUGUUAAAGGCAUGGUGGUUAAGUAUCAUCUCAUUAAGUGAUCUGUUAUACUUAGUAAGAACAUUAGCUAUAUAGGCAUCCCUCCUUUUUUGUUUUUAUAUGGUAGAUGACUGACAUUCUGGGUUUAAAGAAUCUAAAAAUAGGGAAUGAGCUUUACAUUUUAAACCAGCAGCCCUACUCUUCUUCAUUGGGGCAGGGGGGACUAGACACAUGCCUCAUUGCAGUAUACAGAGAUGUAAUUGAAAAGCAAUGUGACACCUUAAGACAAGACUUGCUGUGGCAUAAGCUUUCUGUGAACUAAAACCUCUCACAUUACAGGUUCUUUAAGUCAGUGUUUCUCAACCUUUUUUGGGCCACGGCACACUUGUUCCAUGAAAAAAAUCACGAGGCACACCACCAUUAAAAAAGUUAAAAAAAUUAACUCUGUGCCGCCCUAUAUUAUAAUUAUGACUGUAAGAAACACUUCCCAAAUAUUGCUUUCCGGCGGGUCAGUGAUGUGUAUUGGCGGCCGCCAGGCUCGUUUGCACUGAGCUUUGGGAAAGAGGAGGAGAAAUAUUGCUUUCCGGCGGGUCAGCGCUGUGUAUUGGUGGCCGCCAGGCACGUGACAAUGCAAAUCGCCCUUCUCGUCGCCGCACACUAGUGUGCCACGGAACAGUGGUUGAGAAACGCUGCUUUAAGUGUCCGUGCACUUCGCCUGUUAUGUCUGUCGGAGAAUAUACAACUGGGGAUAUACAUUGUAGAUGUGGUAGUUUGUUCUGGUCCACAUCACAGGACUUCUAGUUGGUUUGUGGUCAGCAGUUAACAUGUUUAUUGUGUGUUAAAGCUGGCCAAUUUUUUAACAGGCCUGAUCUUCUGAAUGAAUAAAAGUAAUACAGUCAAACCUUGAUUGUCAAACGUACUGCAUUCUGGAAGCCCUUACGGCUUUUGAAGCGUUCGACAACAUAGGUGUGACUUCCAAUUGGUUGCAAGAGCUUCUGCACUCAAGCAGAAGCCGCGUCAGACGUUUGGCUUCUGAAAAACGUUCAAAAACUGGAGCAUUUACUUCCAGGUUUUCAGCGUUUGGGAGCCGAAACGUACAAUAAUGGAGGCAUUCAGGAACCGAGAUUUGACUGUACACAGAAUCACCAGCUCUUAAGUAUUAUAUGAUUUGGCACAGUUUUCUCAAGAGAAUGUAAGCUACUAUAGUGGUCUUCAAGUUUCAUGCAUACAUCAGUUGUGUUUGACCUAGAAGGGUCAUCGAUGCAGGCUACAGUAGCACUACUCGGGUUAUUUUCAGACUCAUGCUUGUUCUCUCCCCAUUCUAAUCGUACAAAGAUCAAGAAGCAGUUGGGCCCUGCUAAGCAGUUAAAGAAACCUGAGCCAUAACUCAAAACAAGAUUGGUUCAAUGAAUAUGGGGUCUGAAUCUAAAAAUCAAAGGCAAUUAAAUAUUCCCUGGAGUGAACAAAAAGGGUUUUUAUUUAACUUUCUUAAAAAAUGAGCCUUAAUAUCCCAUUGCUCUAGGCAAGUUGAUCCUGAACUAUGUAAAGUUGCCUUCGGGUUAUUUGCCAGGCUUCAUGAGAAUCAUAAGGAUGCUGUUCUGUUAACAACUCUGUUGUGCAGCUGAAGCCCCCAAGCACAUAAAUGUUAACCGAGGAACACCACACUCUUUGUGAAAACUGCCAUAACCCCAUAAUAUCACUGAUGUGUAUGCCAGUUGCCAUAUAUAAACCUGUUGCCUCUACAGCCCACUUAACUGUGUGCAUGAAAGCUGAUGAAACAAGUUGAGAGUGGUAGAGGUACUGAGUAUAUAAUGUCCAGCAAAGCCCUACAAUCGAGGCCCAUUCUUGAUUGUCGUCCUGUAUUAAUACUGUCAAGACAUAAUAGCCUCCCUGGGCCUGCAGAGGCUUUGCAGCAGAGCAUGAAGAGGACACAUUGCCCUUACAUUCACCAGCAUGGAUGCAAUCCAAACUACCCAGAAAGAAUGCUGCAAAGCUAUUGUCCUAUGAAGACAGAUGGUUGGCAACCACUUACCCAGUAGAGGUGGAGGCAGUGCUAUAUAAAACGUCGAACACAGCACAAAUGUUUCUUCGUACUCCACAGCAGCAUUUUUGAACCUAAAAGUGCCCACUUGCAAGAUCUUCCAUAUGCACACCCAAGCAAAAACUCACUGGGUAUGCAUGAUAGGCCCUACACUUUGCUACUGCUUCACCUCCAAAAGGAGUUGUGAUCCCAAAACUGAUGUAGCAGUUGUUAGGCCUGUUUUAUCACUUAACAAAGUGCUUAAAACAUUAAGCACUGUACACAGAUUAAAAAUGUACAUAUUCCAGCCCACACAUUUAGAAUCCUAAAGACACUAUACAAAAGGAAAAAUGGGUUUGGAGGGAAGAGGCCAAUUGUUGGCAUCUGUUUUGUGAGUCAGUGGAGUGUGCUUCCAGGGGUGAAGUCAAACUGCUUUGUUAGCACCAAAGUGACCUCCCUAGGGUGCAAGCCCAGGCAGCGUGUAUGGAGGUCCUGGGCUGCCCAAAUGGUAAGACCCACAUCUCAGCCUCACUGAUGUCCAAAGGAAAGCAGAGCAAUAUGUUUGAUACCAGCUUUGCUGCAGGAGUUGCCAGAAGCAGACAUACAAGAAGCCAACCAUCUAAGGGACUCCACUCUGGAUUUGGGUAAGGUUUAAAGGUAAAGGGACCCCUGGCCAUUAGGUCCAGUCGCGGAUGACUCAGGUUGCGACGCCCAGGUGACUGGGGUGUGGCGCUCAUCUCGUUCCAGGCCAAGGGAGCUGGCAUUUGUCCACAGACAGCUUUCCAGGUCAUGUGGCCCAGCAUGACUGAUAUGCUUGUGGCACAACAGAACACCGUGACAGAAGCCAGGGCACACAGGAAUGUCGUUUACCUUCCUGCUACAGCUGAUACUUAUUUAUCUACUUGCACUGGUGUGCUUUCAAACUGCUAGGUGGGCAGAAGUUGGGACAGAGCAAUGGAAGCUCACCCUGUCAUGCAGACUCGAACUGCUGACUUUCCUAUCGGCAAGCCCAAGAGGCUCAGUCGUUUAGACCUGCAUCCCAGAGGUACUACCACUUACCUAACACCCCAUGCACCUGAGGGAAGAGGAAAACAACGAACAUGGGCAUCAAUUCCUUAAGUUACACCAUUCCGUCUACUUUUGGCAUUCACAGGUGAGACUUGUUGCUUAUGCAGCCAAAACAGAAUCACCUACGGAGUGAAAUACCAGCAGGCUUGGGGAGCACCAAGGUUGUCAAAGUACAAAAAGGGGGAUAGAUGAAAGAGGAGACUGCAGAAACUGCUCAGUGAGAACUGGGCAUGCUCGGUGGUCAUAAAAUUCUGGCUUAGAUGGGACAAAGGGCAGGGGAACAAUUUACUGAAAGUAAGUAUUGUAUGAAUGGCUAACUGGAACACUGAAAGCACUGAACACUGCUAGAUUUUCAGGUCCCAUUUGUAGGCCUCAUAGUUGCACAAUUCCAAAAACCAUCUACUUCUAUCAUAGGUCUAUCUGUUGCAGUGAAAUAGGUGAGCCACAAUUAAUUUCCAGAGCUCACAUGGCUGGUACAUCCCCAAUACUUUCAGAAGCUCACAUUUUUAGCUGUCUUUUCUUAUCCUGAUCUAAUACAUAGAUUCAGCAACAUGCCAGAUCUUCAGCAUCUUCUGUAUAUACUGUAUUGGGCAGCUUCUUUAGAGCAGCUUGCUGUUCCCAUUCUUCUUAGAGAUCAGGGGUGAGGACCCUUUCUGAUGAGCCAGAGAGCUUUAUCUCCCCCACCUACGUAGGCGGGACCACACCUAUGUCAAUCAUCAGUUUUUAUCAUGCUAAAAGUGUUGCCCUGACCACCUGUCGGAGUUUGAGGACAAUAAUUUAUUUUGAUUACUGGAACUGAACUGAGCUCACAGUCCUUCCACACAAAGUUCAAUUCCUAAUUAUCCCAACCAUGCUUCAUUUCAGUUCCCUUAAUUAAAAGGGGGCAAGGGGGGUGAGAGCACAUCCUAAUCUAUAUUCUGCCUACCUCUGCAAUAAGUGUACCAUUAUCACCUGCAAUUUCUCUACCUUUUUAAAAAGUGUGGAAAUGCUAUACUCAAUGUGCAGGGCUAGUUGGGUGACUUUGCAUGCACCAGAAAGCUAGCAUCGCAUAGAUCUCAUGUUCACACAGCGCACUCUUGUGGUAUUUCAUGAGUCUGGCAGCUGUAGCUCAUGGAGUGACUUGAGCUCAUUGUAGCAGAAAAAGAGACUUACCAUCUCUGUAACUUAAUAGCCAAGGAGGAGUCUCUGCCUAGACUGGGAGCAAAACCAACCUUGGAAGAAUUACCCAGUACAGUAGUACCUUGGGUUACAAACUUAAUUCGUUUCGGAGGUCCGUUCUUAACCUGAAACUGUUCUUAACCUGAGGUACCACUUUAGCUAAUGGGGCCUCCUGCUGCCGCCACGCCACCGGAACACAAUUUCUGUUCUCAUCCUGAAGCAAAGUUCUUAACCCGAGGUACUACUUCCAGGUUAGCAGAGUCUGUAACCCGAAAUGCUUGUAGCCCGAAGUGAAUCACAUAGGUUUCAUGACUAAGCAGUCACACAUAAAAAAGAGUAGUUACAGGUAGGUAGCCGUGUUGGUCUGACACAGUCAAAACAAAAU